CAAGAUUAGAAAUUUAAUUUUUCGUAAUUCUGUUAAUCAUGAUGGACGAUAGUGGAAUAGACAGCGAUACUACAAAGCGUCAUAAAACUACAAUUGAAGAAAAUGACAGAAACAGUGAUGAGGACAGCAACAUAAGUGAUUGUUCAAUGAGAGUUACAAAACCUUCAUUUUUCCAAAAAAAAUUGGAACAAUAUGCUAAACCAGGUUUGAUGGAAUAUAAUCAAAUGGCUGUUCCAAACAGCAAAUCAUCCAAAAUUGAUAAGUUACCAGUGUUAGUAGAUUGGGAUUCAUCUGAUAGUGAAAUGGAAAUACGGUUUUUUCCUGGACCAAAGGCUAGGCAAACAUUGAGCGAUACUUUCAGUCUACAAGAAUUUCAUGGAUCUAUAGAAUCUGAGGAUUUAGACUUGAUACCACCACAACAUGCAACUAAAACUGAUAAUCAAUGUUGCAGUUUGGUUUUGCAGAGGUGUACAAUUCUUUGAGAUCUUUUAUUAAAUUUAAUUACAUAACAUAACUUCCACAAAAAAUAUAUAUGACGUAUAUUUUGUAUAAAACAAAUCAAAUUCACCAAUAAGUGUUGUGUUGAUCAGCUUUAGUAAUAUUGACUGAUGUUAGAAGCUGCAAUGACCAAUAUUGGUAUCUCUUAUGAAUAUUUAAUUAUUUCGUUUUUUUUUUGUUUUGUCAAUAAAUAUUG